UGGGUGGAGCUCCGAGCAUCACGGCGAGGGCAGCUUGGCUCUCAGGGCUGCAGCUAGGAAAGCCCAGGACGGAGCGACACGGCGGGGGUACCGCGGAUGCAGGCUGCGCGUCUGGGAGGCGGCGCUGCCUUUUCUUCCACGUCAGGUCUGGAGGAAUAUGCCCAUUGGUUUUGAACUGAUGCUUUGUUAAGAAACACCUGAAAUACUGCUCUGCUGGUUUAAAGAGAGGAUCAUUCACGCCGGAGCGAUCGUUUAGCCGGUCCGUUAUUUAAUUCAUAUAUCUGGGGAGACGAUGCUGCCCUGUCCGUCUUCGCCUACGGCGGCGAGCGACAGCACCGGUUCCGAUGAGAAAGAAGCACAGAAAGUGAAAACGGAGUGCAUUAGGCUGACCGAGGAGAGGGAUGAAGCAGAGAGGCAGCUGAAGCACAUCAAGCGCGUGUCCCAGAUGGUGAUCGAGGAGGUGAGUGUCCUGCAGACCCAGCUGGAGAUCGAGAAGUCCUGCAGAGAGAACGCCGAGGCACUGGCCACCAAGCUCAACUGCGAGAACAAGAAGCUGAAGUACCUGAGCCUGUCUUCGCGACCCUGCCUGGACGAGCUGCUGCCCAGCAUCUCCGACUGCAUAGCCCUGGACGAGGAGUCUGAGCCACAGGAAACCAGUCCCGACCCUUACGCACAGUACCAGCAGCAGGUCAAAGACCUCCAGGAGAUGGUGAAUGCCCUGCUGGAGGAGAAGAAGCAACUGGGCUGUCAGCUGAAGGAGCAGCAGAGGGAGAUCGAGGAGCUGACGUCACGUAGGGAGAAGGACCAGCUGGAGAUAAAGGAGCUCCAGAAGACCAUGGAGCAGCAGAACAGGACUAUCAAGAAAUUUAACCGAGUGUCGAUGAUGGCUGCACAGGAAUACGAGGGCUUGCGGGAACAGCUGGACCUGGAGCAGAGCCUGAGGCAGAAGGCGGAGAGCUAUGCGCACGAGAUGCUGGUGAAACAGAAGGAGGCCAACCGGCAGAGUAUGGUGCUGCUGCAGCAGUCUGAGCCCAGCCUCCAGCUGCUGAAGGCCCUGGAGGACCUGGCCCACCUCACCAAGACGCUGGAGCAAGAACGCCUGCAGCACCAGCAGAAGGUAAAGGCCCUAGAAGUAGAGCUGGAGGAGUGCGCCCUCCGUAGGCAGCUGGCGGAAGUUCAGAAACAGAUGGAGCUACUGGAGGAGGAGAAGCGGGAGGUUGAAUCUCGGCUGCAGGAGGUGGAGAAGCAGAACAAAACGCUGGAGAACCGAGUGCAAGAGCUACUGGAGGCUCCGAAGAAGCGGAGUCCUGCACACGGGCCACCCCCAGGGACUGCCCCUCCCCCUUGUUUUUUUUUCCUGUGUAACAGCUCCCUAAUUGCCAUAAUGAGGAAGUCCUCCAAGAGCUCCAAGGGGCCGCUGAAGAUGGAGCCAGCCCCACCGAGUGCUGGCAUGGACGACGUGAAGGUGAAGGCGGUCAACGAGAUGAUGGAGCGGAUCAAGCACGGGGUGGUGCUGCGGCCCGUGAAGGGACAGGACACCAAGAGGUUCGGCAUAAAGCCUCCCCCAGCAGGUGAAGAGAAGCAGCAGGAGAGCGCGAUGGAGGAGCUGAAGGGUAUCCUGGAGACAGUGAAGAGGAGCCCAAGCCGGGGAUUCCCGGAGGCUCCACCUAGCAAGAGGGACAGCGAGCUGGAGGUGAUUCUCAGGAGGAGGCGUAAGCAGGCCUGUGAUGCCACAGCUGGAGAUGAGAAGGACAGUGAGAUCAGCAAGGUGUCCUCCUCCGAGAGCCUGAACGCCCGCCACAGCUCCGACUCGGGCAAAGAGGCGUGGGGGCCACGGCGAGGGGGCAGCACCAGGAGCUCCUCAUCGGACAAGGGCAUCUCUGAGCUGUUCGCCAAUGGCAGCUGUGACAGUGGGGAAGAGGAGAAGACAAAUGAGGAGAAGCCUGCACCAGCAGAGUCUAAUGGAGAGAAUCACACCGUCCUGAACCAGGAAAAGCAGGCCAUGCUCACGCCAGCCUCACCAGAUGGUGUCAGCCCGCUGAUCGGGGGCACUGAUGCAGAGUGUUAACGUCAGUUCCAUAGGUGGUCACUAGAGGGCAGUGUUGAGCAGAGCAGGACAGGGCAAGGACGGUUGCACUAUUUGCACAGAACUUCAGUUUGUAACUUGAGACACAUGAUUUGAAGAGCUUUAGUUUUCCUUCUCAUUUUACCUGCACAGACAUCUGGUGUGGAUUUUUACUGAUUAAGGAAUGCACUAUUGUCCUGUUUAGUAUGCAACAUAUACAAUAGAUUUGUGCCCUUAUUCUAUCAUUAGGAAAAAUAGAAAAUUCAAACACUUGCUCUCUCACAUGUAAGAAAACCCAUUCACAUAUUUAUUUCAUAAUUUCUAAAAACUGGCUUUUGAUAUUAUUACUUUUCUUCUUAUAAUUACAUAAAGUAUUGCCUUCAGUUCUAAUUUUAUAAUUGCAAUGUAUUAAUGCCUUCUUAAAAUAUGCUAAAACUGGAUCGACAUAUCUCAGAACGUACUAAAACGCUUGAUGCGCCAACAACAAUAUGGUGACCAUUGGUCGUUUUACAGUGGCCAUUAGUUAAAUCCCCGACAAAUCAACAGCGUUGAGCGUUGCACAUAAACAUACCUAGGGGCACGUGAACCCGGUUUUGUUUACUACAUUCACGUGUCUCAUAUGUCACCUGAUGUCAGCAGAUCUAGCCGACCAAAAAAGGAUGGUGUCUCCGCACACCUGGAAACAAGUGCUAAUGUAUUCAGCCUACCUCCAAACAGACACACUUCACCUCCUGACUAAUCCUAAAUUGUACAUCUACUAACUUCGGAAAAAUGGGUAAUAACUGGAAGGGAGCGAUACCACAUAGUUAAAAAAAUGUCUUCCAUUCCUUCCUUGGAGGAUCUUGCACUUCUAAGUGAUCGCCUGAGAAUUCAGGGGUAAAGCAUCCGCUGUGACAUUCUCGUUGCCUCACUGGGGACCAGGUGCUAUAUCUUGCGGUCAAGCUAUAUGUGGAUGCACGGAAGGUGCAGCAGUCGAGGAGCUGAUGGUGUUUGUAGUGAUAGCCAAAUGAAGCUUCGUGAACCACUUACUUUUUUUCUGACCCCACUAGAUGGCGCCGUCUGUUCAAAAAAAGGCUCAAAGCAUGGCCCAAAGCAAGCCAAGAGAGCCACCUAGUGGGGACAAAAAAUAUAGCAUAUGGUUCAUAGCUUCACUUGGCCAUCACUAGUUAUUUGCAUUAAGGCACUGUUGGGGUGAUAGGGCAGGAUCACGCCACCUUCAGAUGUGACUCUGCAGCAGUGCUGUCUAUGCCUUGGAGUCUGUGGACUGAAACAAAAAGCUGGAAGAUCUGUUACUCCAUCUCUGCAAUAAAAACGAAACAUUUCCAUAAUGUAGAACCAAUUAUAAAUGCGUGCCCCCAUCCAAUCAAUGAAAAUGAACAUAAGAGUGAUUGACCUUAUCUAUUUGCUUGCAUAUUGUAUAUCUGUCUAUUAAAGCGAAAAGAUGUGGACAGAGGAGAUCUGAACAUCUGAACUUUGGGCUGUAGCAAAAAGCUACAACAAAAAUGCUUCUGUCCACCUCUCAUAAAAUUUGUAUAUUAGGAUGUCCUUGAUUUGCAAUGAUUGGCUAUCAACCUUUUCAGAUUCCUUAAAGCUUCCUUUUAUUCUGACAAUUCGUUAACACUAUCGUAAUUAUUUGUUUGUGCGAGUGUGCUUGUACCUUGACUAAAAUGUGUGUUUAAGAUGGAAAACAGACUGUCCUCAGUUUUAAGUUUAUAAACCUUUUCAUCGCUUUCAUAAUCAUUAAGCAUUCUUUUUUAGUUAAGGAAAUAAAAGUUUGGCCAUUGAAAUACUCAACUGUCUUUGUUCCAUUCAUAAUUGAAUGCAUUUUAAAGACCAUCAGCUUUAUUUUGUUACAAAUUCAACCCCAUCUGUCUCUGUCAGUGUCUAUAAGCUCUCCUCAAAUUAUCCAAAUGUCUCAUUUUUAAACAAUAUUAUUGGAAUAUGUUAAUAACCACACUAAACAAGACAAUCGUUGUACUACUUCAUUCUACUAUUUAAUCUACUACAUGCUUUAUCAUGCAAAAACCUUUUUUCUAUAUUAGUGGUCAAUUAACUAAUUAAUCAAUUUUAAAAAAUGAUAAACAAAAAUUCAAGGUUUUACUACCGUUCCUAUUUUGACAGUAUAGGAUUGAAGUCAUAUAUUGUUUGAAUUGUAGUAAAAAAGUAAAUUUUAAGUAAAAAAGCAAAACAAUACAUUAUUAUAGGAAAGGGAAAAUUUUGAAUCAAUACAGCUAUUGGGAACUGAAGGUACAGACCACCUGCCAAAAGUACCAGUGUUGGAACAAGAGCAAAAUAAAUUAUAUAAAUCUUCUGGAACCAGCUGACAAAAUGAGCAGUGUCCUUUAUACCUUUAUACCUCUUCAGAAAUACC